AUGGAUAGCCGCAAUCCUGCACUACCUAUGGCGCAAAACGGUAUGACGGCAGAGUCGGACGAAGAGGAUGAUGUCUAUGACUGGAAGUCGCGCAUCUCAGGCAUGCAGGACGACCCUCAAGCUGAGAAGACGGUCGCGGGGAAAGCGUCCAUUCAACACCCAGAGGAUGGCGACAAGCCAGAUGCAAACCCCCCCGCCACGGGUCACACGCAUUCUUCUGACGAGCUCCAGGAGGACGACCAGCUCCCUCAUCCAUUCUACCAUUAUGCUGCCGAGAAACGCGACACGUAUGCGGAUGCAAAACUAAUUUACCAGCGGCAUCGAAUGGACACCAAGUCCGAUAAAGAUCUGGGCAGUCCCAUGUUACCAGCCAGAUCCUUUACCAUGCCCCCCUCACUAGACGGCGAUACCGCGUUGCAUCGUACCCCUAGUAUCACCUCGAGACAGUCGCGUCUGAGCCAACGAGGGUUUGGUCCGAGCGGGCAGCAAUUGGACUCCGCCAAAGAAUCCUUCCCUCGUCUGCAAACCCAAGGCAUUGGCGCUCAGGAUGGACGUCCAGAUCCAAGCCUGAUUGCCGAUGCCGCUGCUCGCAACCACCGACGUCUCCCACGCUUGCCCCAGGAGUUCAAGGAUCCCCUACUGGCCCACGAGGGUGUUCAUGGUGCAGGGGCGGGUAUAGGCCUCGGCAGCGGCCCUGGAGGAAUGGCGGCCAGCGACGACAGCAUUGUAGUUGAGGUGCAGGCCAUCUGUGACAAGCUCAAAACACUGCUGGAUCUGCGGCAAAAGUACAUGAACAUUUCUUCUCAGUGCCCUGGAGCGAAUCCUAAAGACGAUGACACUUGGGAGGUCUACCCGCCUCCGCCGAACCCUGUCUGGAACGAGCAAAAGGCCCGAGAACCAGUGGAGGACUCUUUCCCUCCCAACAGUACUUCGAGCAGUCUGUAUAUGGCCGAUGCGAGGGCACAGAGCGUCGGGGAUGGGACGAGAGGGGCACCGAACACCAACCAGGCAGAGCCAGAGUGGGGGCCACCAUCACCUACCAGUUCCAAGAAGACUCGAAAGCCCGGAGAGGCGAUUGGGGAAGAUUUCGAUCUCAGCCAGUGCUAUAUCCCGCCCAAAGAUCUGAAGGUGCGAUAUGAGAUGGACGCGGGCAGUGUCUUUCAGGUGUACAACGAACAUGGCCAGCCUCUGGUGGAAGUGCCCACGUUGCGAGAUUAUUACGUCGCACUGGACACAAUUCUUGAUAUCGCCUCUGACGGACCGGCGAAAAGCUUUGCAUAUCGCCGUCUGCAGUAUCUGGAAGGUCGGUAUAAUCUGUAUACCUUACUGAACGAAUAUCAAGAAGUGGCAGACACCAAGAAAGUCCCUCACCGCGAUUUCUACAACGUGCGAAAGGUCGACACGCACGUGCACCAUUCCGCGUGCAUGAACCAGAAGCAUCUGUUGCGAUUCAUCAAGUACAAGAUGAAGAAGUGCCCUGAGGAAGUGGUCAUCGACCGAGAUGGGAAGCAAUUGACCCUGAGAGAAGUGUUUGACAGCAUCAACCUCACCGCGUACGAUUUAAGCAUCGACACGUUGGACAUGCACGCUCAUACCGACUCGUUCCAUCGUUUCGACAAGUUCAACCUGAAAUACAACCCAAUCGGCCAGUCUCGGCUCAGAGAGAUCUUUCUCAAGACGGAUAAUUUCAUCAAAGGACGAUACCUUGCGGAGAUUACCCGUGAGGUGAUCUCGGAUCUGGAAUCAAGCAAGUAUCAAAUGGUUGAGUGGCGGAUCAGUAUAUAUGGCCGCAAUAUCGACGAAUGGGACAAGCUUGCGGCUUGGGUGGUCGACAACAAGCUCUUCUCGCACAACGUUCGAUGGCUCAUCCAGAUCCCACGGCUGUAUGCCUUGUAUAAAGCCAUGAAGACGAUGGACAACUUCGAGGACCUCUUGAAGAAUAUCUUCCAGCCUUUGUUUGAAGUGACUCAGGAUCCGUCUAGCCAUCCCAAAUUGCACGUGUUUUUGCAAAGAGUGAUCGGAUUCGACAGUGUUGAUGACGAGAGCAAGGUCGAACGGCGUCUCUAUCGCAAGUUCCCUGCACCGAAGGAAUGGAACACCAAACAGAACCCACCGUACGGAUACUGGAUCUAUUGCCUGUUCGCGAACUUGACCUCUCUCAAUGCAUGGCGGAAGAAGAGAGGGUUCAACACCUUCUUGCUGCGACCACAUUGCGGCGAGGCUGGUGAUACCGACCAUCUUGCUGCGGCAUUUUUGUGCUGCCACAGUAUCAGCCAUGGCAUCACGCUUCGGAAGGUGCCUCUGAUCCAGUACGUCUUUUAUCUGGAGCAGAUCGGGAUCGCCAUGUCACCUUUGAGCAACAAUGCGCUCUUUCUCACCUACGACCGCAACCCGUUCAUCAGUUACUUCAAGAAGGGAUUGAACGUGUCCUUGUCAACGGACGAUCCGCUCCAAUUCGCCUUCACCAAAGAGCCGUUGAUCGAAGAGUAUUCGGUGGCGGCGCAGAUCUAUAAGUUGAGCAACGUCGAGAUGUGCGAACUGGCAAAGCAUUCUGUGGAUCAAUGCGGCUUCGAGUUGACUUUGAAGCAACGCUGGCUCGGAAAUUACUGCUACCUCCCAGGCGUCUUGGGUAACGACGUAGCCAAGUGCAACGUGCCCGACGUCAGGGAGGAAUUCCGGCACGAAACGUUGAAGGCCGAACAUGCCUUUAUUGCCAAAUACACCCGGGACUACACCCACUACAACCGCUGCACCCCUGAUUUCCUCGAGCCCUCCGACCCUCUCACACCGCUGGAGGAGGUAUACGAGGGCCUGGGGUCCCCGAAACAAUAUUAUGCUAGCGUGGGCAAUUCCAACCCGACGGGCCAAAACGCAAGAUGGUCUCGGUCGAGAUCGAGCGCGACCAUUGAUCGCAGCACCGCUCAUACUUCACCCACACGGCCGCGGACCAUGUCCAGUGCGUUUUAUGCCGCGCCAUCAUAUCCCGACUCGCAUAUCUCAGGUCAAGAGCCGCGCGCGUUUCCAGGAAUCGUCCAUCAGCGCGAGAGGAGACGAAGUCGGCGGUUCAGCUCGAGCACCUCAGACAUGGCAGGGCCGGAGUCGAUGAGUAUGAGUAUAAGUUCGAGUCAGCAGUUGGAACCGGCGUUGGCGAAGAUGAGGGUCAGGGAAGAUUCGGAGUUGACAGCUCAGAUGGAACGAUCGGAUUGA